AAUUCUAAUGAAAACUAGUAGUUCACCUACUCUCCGUUGGUGGCUAAAUUAGAUAUUAUUUACAAAUAAAUAAUAACGCUUUCCUAAACAAAAUUGAUUUCAGUCAAUUUAUAUUCAAAAAGAUUUCUACAUUCGUCGAAAGUUGGUAGACGAGCUGUCCUGUUUGCCAUUGUUUAAUAAAAGAGUUGUUUGUUACAAAGUACCGAUCAGAUAUGGAUCCCGCCUGUGUUUGCUACAAGGCAUUGUGUUUGUCUACCUAACCUAUUCACCUCCGACGGUGUAAGAAGUUGUAAUUUUGAAGAUUUAUAAUUCUCGUGCUUAGAACAGUUGCAAUGCAAAUAUCAAUUGCUAUAUAAAAAAAAUUUAAGUUUUAUUACAAUUUGUACAGCACUGAUCAUAUUUUAUGUUAGAAUCGCGUUCUUAUUGCAAUUUUAACAUACGUAUUUCAAACGUUAUCUGGAUAAAUUUUUUUUCCUUAGGUGACUGUAACGUUAUAUCAAAAUUAUAAGAGUCUUUGGAAUUUCAUAUAAUCAAAGAUAAGAAUGUCAGGACCGAUGGUAUUAUGUCAAUUAUGGAUGGGAGGAUUAGAACCAUAUAUGACAGAGAGUUUUAUAAUGAAUGCUUUUCAUAAAAUGGGAGAACAGCCACAAACUGUUAAAGUAAUGAGGAAUCGCUAUACUGGUGAACCAGCAGGUUAUUGUUUUGUACAUUUUCCAACCGAUGAAAUGGCACUUGACGCAAUGCACAAACUAAAUGGCAAAGUAAUUCCUGGUUCUAACCCGGCUGUAAGAUUUCGAUUAAAUCACGCAAGUACAACAGGAAAACCAGCAGCAGAAAGAGAGUUCAGUAUUUGGGUUGGAGAUUUAUCAACGGAUGUAGAUGACUAUUCCUUGUAUAGAGCAUUUGCUGCUAAAUAUAAUUCAAUUAGAACUGCCAAAGUAAUUUUAGACAGUUCUGGUUUUAGUAAAGGAUAUGGUUUUGUUAGAUUUGCCAAUGAGGAAGAACAGAAAAAUAGUCUAGUCACCAUGAAUGGAUAUAGAGGGCUUGGAACAAAAUCGUUAAAAAUUUGCAAUGCUGUUCCUAGACCUUGGAAUAAAAUAUCAGGAUCUACUCCGCCUCAAUCAUCAUCUGAAUAUACAGCAUCAAACAUGAAUUCAGAUUCUUAUAACUACUAUGAUACAUCAUCAUAUUGGAAUAGUUAUAGUGCAUGGCAACAGGGUUAUUAUGAAAGCGAACCGACAUUGGAUGGAUAUAAUAGUUAUGUAUCGGAUCAAAAACCAGAAGAAGAUGAAUUGGAAUUGAUUGAACAUUCAAUUCCUACAGACAUCGAUAAACUUAAUAGGGAAAUAAUAGAACAAGAUUAUAAUUUGUGGGAUGCAUUGGAAAGUUCGAAAUGGAUUCCAUGUGACACAUUAGAAUUAUGUUAUUAAUUCUUAUGCCUGUUCGAUAUUUCAUUAAUCUAUCUUAUAUUGUAACAAAAGUAAUAAACAAUAUUAUACCGA